AUAAACAUAUCGUUCAAAUUCUCAGUUAUCUCGAGCGAAGUUCGUGCAGGCUUUACUCCACUUCACCACUCCUAGUACCAAUGAGGUCCAAACAUGCACUUCACUACCACUACACUACACUCCACCUACCCGAACUUCAGAGAUGGUGAGCUCAAUCGGAUCAUAUUUCGAUUGACAAAGGUGUAGGUGGUAUCAACACAGAUGGAUGAGGAACGAGAUAAACCUUCAAGGAAGGAGUGGCCUGAUACUAACCAUCCUCCGCUGUUUCACAUGAGUACCAGUACCGGUAGCAGCAGUGACUGUGCAAGUAGCCAACCCAGUGGUUGCACCACGCCUACCACCACACCCACACCGACCAAACCCAAGGUGGAAUACAUCUGCCGCUGGGAAUCCUGCGGGGAGGAGGCAGAGACCAGCGCCGACCUGGCCGACCACGUUCGGUCUGAGCAUGCACAGAAGCAGAUCAAGAAAGGCGGGAAGAAGUUUGUAUGCUUGUGGGACGGCUGCAAGGUCUACAACACGCCGUCCAUGUCGGCGACCUGGCUCCCUAAGCACGUGUUGACCCACUGCGGGGAUAAGCCGUUCCGCUGUGUCUUCGCGGGGUGUAACCAGAGUUAUAGGACAGAGAAAGGCUUGAUGAGACACUGUCAGUCACAUCUCAAUGCCGAGAAGCAGAACUCGCAACAGAAGACUCCAAAGAGCAAAGAUGAGAGUCCAGGAAAAGCCCUCAAGAAGAAAAGGAUGAGGAUCAGGAGAAGGUUGUCCAUGGUGAAGACAGAUGAUUUCUUUGAUACACGCAUGGCCGAGGCAGUACGUCAUCGACUUGUAGAACUCAAUAUGAAAACAAAGAUAGACACAGAAGGCAGUGGAAGUUCUAUCAUCUUUAAAAGCUCUGUUGUUUGUAGGAGAACAGAUGAAAAUGGAGAUUCCAUGGUCCUUCUUCGUUGGUCACCAACUGAUGUUAUCCCAGACUCGUGGGUUAAAGAGUCGGAUCAAAAGGAACACAAGGAGUGCUCCAUCCCGAUGAGCAGCCUGUCCCAUGAGUCCCUCCAAACUAUAGGAUUUGGAAUACUUACACCAAGGAAACGAAGGAAACAGAGGAGAAAAUGAUGAUUGUGAUCAGGAAUCAUGGACUGCAUCCCCCCAUGUGAGAAUUAGGAUUGAGAGGAGAUUCCACAAUUUCUGGAACUUACAUACAUAGAGUCUCUCUGUAGGAGUCUCUCUCACCAACUCCUCUACAGCAUAGGACCUGAAUUACUUAACAUACCUUUUUAGUAAAUAGUGGUAGUAAAACACGAGCUGUGAUUGGCUAGAUUGGUACCAUGUGACCUCCCUUCAAAAAUUGUUAUUGUACAUACGUACAAUAUAACUUUAGAUUUUUGGAGGGUAAAACCUGUGUUAAAUGAAUGGGGAAUAUAUUGAUUAAUGGCAAUGCACAUUUAGCCAGUA